AUGGACUCCGAGGCCGUUAAGAAGGAAAUCAUUCGCCAGGCUUUGCAGGCGACUAACACAACCAAUGCGCGCAUCCUGAUCGAGAACAUCAACGAGAAAUGCUUUGAGCGCUGUGUGCCCAAACCUGGCUCGUCUCUGUCGAGCAGCGAGCAGACCUGCCUGACACAAUGUAUGGAGAAGUACAUGCAGGCCUGGAACCAGGUCAACGCAACCUACAUCCGGAGGAUACAGCAGGAGAUGGCCAACAAUUCAUUCUCCUCGAGCUCGUAA